CAGGAGGGCACGCGGGACAUCAGCACACCGGCCGGGUCAAGAAGCUGCGAGGAUGGAAAUCCGACCGGACAGGUUUAAGGCGAACGCGGCCAAAGCUCUGGGAAAAAUUAACAGGUUGAUUGAGAAGCGGCAGCCCAAUGGAGAAACCAUUGAGUUAUCAGCGGAGGGCCGUCCUGAGCUGGUGGAGGAGAAGGAGCUGCCGGUGGUGGACUGUACCUGCUGUGGCUUACCGAGGCGGUACAUCAUCGCCAUCCUGUCUGGCCUAGGAUUCUGCAUCUCUUUCGGGAUCCGGUGCAACCUGGGCGUUGCCAUUGUUAGCAUGGUGAAUGACCAUACUGUCUACAAAGGCAACAAAGAAGUGCUUGUGGCUGCACAGUUCAGCUGGGACCCUGAGACAGUCGGGAUGAUCCAUGGCUCCUUCUUCUGGGGCUACAUCGUCACACAGAUCCCGGGGGGCUUUAUAUGUAGGAAAUUUGCUGCCAACAGAGUAUUUGGUUUUGCCAUAGUGGCAACAUCAGUCCUCAACAUGCUGAUUCCAUCUGCUGCUCGCUGCCACUACAGCUGCGUCAUACUGGUCAGGAUAUGCCAGGGCCUUGUUGAGGGUGUAUCAUAUCCAGCUUGCCACGGGAUCUGGGCCAAGUGGGCGCCUCCUCUUGAGAGAAGUCGAUUAGCAACAACAGCCUUCUGUGGAUCCUAUGCAGGGGCGGUGGUGGCAAUGCCUUUAGCCGGGAUACUGGUUCAAUACACCGGAUGGUCUUCAAUAUUCUAUGUCUAUGGCUGUUUUGGGAUAUUCUGGUAUUUGUUCUGGGUUCUGGUGUCGUAUGAGAGUCCUGCAGCCCAUCCCACCAUCACAACAGAGGAGAGGAAAUACAUUGAAGAUGCAAUCGGAGAGUCUGGAUCAUUCCUUAAUCCUCUGCAUAAAUUUAAAACCCCAUGGAAAGCCUUCUUCACCUCCAUGCCAGUCUACGCUAUCAUUGUGGCCAACUUCUGCAGGAGCUGGACCUUCUACCUGCUGCUCAUCAGCCAGCCCGCCUACUUUGAGGAAGUCUUUGGCUUUGAGAUCGGCAAGGUGGGCAUGGUGUCAGCUUUGCCCCAUCUGGUGAUGACAAUCAUCGUGCCUAUUGGAGGCCAGUUGGCGGACUACCUGAGAACCCACAACCUGAUGACCACCACCAACGUCAGGAAGCUCAUGAACUGUGGAGGUUUUGGGAUGGAGGCCACCCUCCUGCUGGUUGUGGGAUUUUCUCACACAAAAGCUGUUGCCAUUUCGUUCUUGGUCCUCGCUGUGGGUUUCAGUGGAUUUGCUAUCUCAGGGUUUAAUGUCAAUCACUUGGAUAUCGCCCCUCGAUACGCCAGCAUACUGAUGGGCAUCUCAAACGGGGUGGGCACAUUAUCUGGCAUGGUGUGUCCUCUCAUUGUGGGAGCCAUGACUAAACACAAGACACGUGACGAGUGGAAGUAUGUCUUCCUUAUAGCUUCUCUCGUACAUUAUGGAGGAGUGAUUUUCUAUGGACUCUUUGCAUCAGGGGAAAAGCAGCCAUGGGCAGACAUAGAAGACACCAGUGAGGAAAAGUGUGGUAUUAUCGAUGAGGACGAACUGGCUAAUGAAACAGAGGAUCUCUACCGGGGAGGCGGGCAGUACGGGGCCAUGAGCCAACCAGUCGCUGGUUCCAAUGGAGGACGAGGAGGAGGAGGAGGAGGAGGAGGAGGAGGAGGAGCCGGAGGACCCGGAGGAGGAGCCGGAGGAGGAGCCGGAGGAGGAGCCGGAGCCGGGUCGGGAUGGGUGUCGGACUGGGAUAAGUCUGAGGAGUAUGUGCAGAAGCCUGGAUAGAACUCUUACAUGUACGGUGGAGAAGAGGAGAGGGAGCUGACAUAGAAGAUCCACACGAUACACGUUUAAAAAGAAAAGAGGAAGAUUGUUUUUUGGAAAGGGAUUGUCAGAGAGUCACUGCUAUACUGAAUGGACCUGCUGUGUGCUUUUGUUAAAUAUUUACAAUUGCACAUAUCAAAAGUAUGCAUUUGAUUUAUUCCAUUGUGUGUGUGUGUGUGUGUGUGUGUGUGUGUGUGUGUGUGUGUGUGUGUGUGUGUGUGGUGUGUGUGGUGUGUGUGUGUGUGUGUGUGUGUGUGUGUGUGUGUGUGUGUGUGUGUGUGUGGUGUGUGUGUGUGUGUGUGUGUGUGUGUGUGUGUGUGUGUAUGAGUGUGUAUGAGUGUGUAUGAGUGUGUAGAUGCAUGCAGGUGUUAGAGAGGUUAAUGUAUACACAAACACAAACGGUAUUCAUUAGUGAAAACUGGACUCAUAUAUCCCAGACUUCCUUUCUGUUCCUGAGCUCAUUGUGAUUGGUCAGGAGCUCUGUUUCCACAACAUCACUGACGAGAUUCAGUGUGUGUGUUAGUGUGUGUGGCUUGGUUUUUGAGUGUACAGCAACUCUCUCAAGCCGCUGGCAUUGUAGUGUAUUUAAAUGUGUAUGUCACACAUUUAACUUUUUUCGCUGGGAAAGCACCUUACUUUUUCAACUUUUGAGCUAACAACAUUGUCCAAUGUAUUAAAUACAACAUUAGAUGUCACUCCAGUACAAUACUCACACUUUUCAGUAGUCUCUAUAACUCCCAAGGCUCUCAGCCUUAAUAGACAACAUACUGAGCAUAUGAUUAAAAAAAAUCAAUCCACAAACUAAAAGCUAAUGUGUUUUUAAUAGUGAGGCCCCUUGUGGACAAUCUUGUCCAGAUGCUGGUGAUGCAUUAUGAUAUUAUGUUCCAUAGCAUGCAUUAUUUAAGUGCAUGCAUGUGGUGAAUACUUUCAAACUAUUCAAUCAAAGAGGAAAAGGGUGCUUAGGUUUUGUAUCAGUCUGUGUUUGUUUGUGAAAGCUGUAAAGCUUCUGUUACAACAGCCUUCCCUUUAUGCGUGUGUGCAUUUGAAUGUGCAAAGGUGUGUGUUUGAGCUUGCAUGUAGCGUCUAGCUGAAUCUCACCUGGGUCUGACCCAUCUAGGUCAUGGCCAGCCAGGCUUAUGGGUCACAACACAUGAGUAAUCAUCUGACAUUAGUGACUUUCCGUUUUGGUGUGUGUGCGCUCCCAUUAGAGAGGUGGCCCAGAAUGACAAGUAGAGUGUGAUAGUUGCCUAACUCUUACACUGCAUUACCAGCGAGGAACAACAUGUAUUAUUACCUGGCAUCACAGCAUGUGCUGCCUCUGUUUCUGCCUUUCUCUGUGGCUGCCUCUCCCCCCUGUAUUUAACACUCUGUCUGCUCCUCUCAGUCAGUGUUUCCACUUCUUUAAUUCCUACAUUUGAGCCAUGUUUGAUUUGGUGGGUCAGAGCUUUUUAAAUUGUCAAUGUGUCUGCGUUUGUGUAUGUGUGUGUUAUUGUGUUGGAUGCAGGUGCUGAAACAUUGUGCGGUGAGCAUGUUUUAAUGAGCAUAGAAGUGCAUUGCCCCGCCAUCCCUCUUUUCCUUUUACACACACACAAUAGCACUCACACAUACAACCAUACACACACACAGAUUGCUAUUUUCAAUGUGUGCCGAGACAGUGGUCGCACACUAUUUGGUAUUAACAUGGCUAUAGGUAUGGAGCCUCAUGGAAACAGAUUAGGAAGUAUUAAGUUAUCAGAGGGUGUGUUGAGGUUUGCUAUCACACCCAUCCAUAAAAGCAGCACCUUCUCCAUCUUGACGCACUGACUGCUGGGUAAUGGAGUGAAGUAUUUCUUCUGAAAGGACGCUUACAUGCUCAGAAGAAUAAACGUGGUACUGUACCAGCUGCACAGCACAACAAACAUUAAAGUACAUGUGAACGCACACACACUCAUGCAAGAAAAAUGCUGCCCUCUCACAGUGUUUUAUUUUAAUUUGAAAAGUAAAAUUGCAGACAGCUCUUUUAAAUCAAGAAUCUAAUUCAUAACUUAUAGAGUUUGCUGUUUCAACUCUAUGUUGUCAAAAAAACGUUUGAAUGUUGUAAAGAAUUCAAAUAAGGGUUUAAUGGUCAAAUACGUUUUGAGUGAAAUGUCUAAAAAGACAUGAAUGGCGAUUCCUGUGAAGAACUUCAUUUGUAAGUGUUGUAUUGGUGUAUUUACUAAAGUUUGUCUUUGGCUGUUCCAAUGUUGUCCUCCUCCUUGAUGAAAUGUGUGGUGGGAGUCAGUGUUGAAAAUAAAAAAGGAAUUGAUCAUGUUUAACCAUGCCAAAAUGUGAAGAAUAUUCUAUGUAUAAAAGAUGUAUAUGUCAGAUUACCUUGUGUAUAAUUAAAUGUAAGCAAUUUA